AUGGUAGGACUAUUGCCAACGUUACAAAACGAAUUUCAAAAGUUUUACACCCAACAGGAAUCAACAGGAGAAACUCAAUCAAACCUACAACAAUGCUUGAAUGACACAAGGGAGUUCAGAAUGAACCUUCGAAAAUUGAAAGCUCACUUAAAUAAACAAAUUCAAGAACAGGAGCAACAACAACAACAACAGCAACAAAGUGCCUCAACUUCCAAUAUCAAUUUGAAUUCAAACAGUCUCAUCCCUGAUCAGACCCCUGACCAUGAAGUGGUCCUUGAUUCUAAAGCUGUAAAGAGGAGAAAAUUAAUCAUUGAAAAAGUAAAUAAAUCUCAUAAACAAUGGGAAUAUUCGAUAAGAAAGAAUUUGAAAACCUCAUCACAGCAAUAUAAUAAGUUCGGUAAGAUUAUUUCAAAUAGAUUGAAAGAGUUCGAUAUUGAUAAUGUCUAUUCUAAUAAGAUAUCCAAUUUAAGGAGGAAAGAUAUUGAUGAUGCUAUUGGGUAUCAUAUAACUAGAUAUAACGUAGGAGAUUUGCCUAUUUCCUCCAACGGUAGCGGUGGAGAGGAAGAUAUACUCCAAUAUUUGAAAACUGUUUAUAAUGUUGAUGAAGGUAUAUCUAAGAAAUUCGUGGAGAUGGGAACUAUUAUUCAAGAUUUAAAAAGAGAGGAUUCAACUAGCUGUUCCAGAUGGUUGCGCUUAAAAGAGAAUGAUAAUAUUUAUCGCCCUGAAUUUUCCUCUUUGGAGUUUGAAUUAUAUAUAUUUAAUGCAUUACAAUCAAUUAAAAAAGGUGAGGAUAUUCAAGCUGCCAAAUAUUUUAUUCAAGAGAUACCAAAGAAAUUAGUGAUGAAAAAGGAAAAGGAGAUUUUUUCCAAGAUUUCACCUUUAUUAACUUCGGUCAUAUUGGGGGAGAAAGUGCCCAAUUUGGAAUUAUUAAUUAAUGAACAAUUAGAAAAGUGUAUUUCCUUAUUUACCACUGAUUUUUGCUCUUAUUAUAAUUUACCAAUAGAUUCACCUAUUUUCUUAAUAACAUUAAGUGGACUAAUUUCGUUUCAAUUUUUCAUCAAAUAUAAAUCGAUUAGAGCCACAGCUCAUGUUGAUUGGUCCACCAAAGAUGAAUUACCAUUUGAUGUGAAGUUACCUGAGUUCCUAACACAUUUCCAUCCCGUCUUUAUAUGUCCUGUUUUGAAGGAAGAAACUACUGAAGAAAAUCCUCCAUUUUCUUUGUCCUGUCAUCAUAUUAUUUCGAGAAAGGCAUUAGAUAGAUUGUCUAAGAAUGGAGCUGUUACAUUCAAAUGUCCUUAUUGUCCUGUGAAUUCAUCCAGAGCGAAGACGAAUAGAGUUGAAUUUCUUCAAAUAUAA